ACUACAACUCCCGGCGUCCAUCGCGCCGAGCAGCGCGUGGCACGCCGGGAGCUGUAGUCUACGCUUCGGGAAGGGGACGCUUCGGGUGCGCGGCCGGAGGAUGGAGGAGCUCGUCUUCCCUGGUGGCCUCAGUUGGGUGCCUGUCAUCAUCCUCCUUGUCCCCGUCACCGUCAGAGCCAGUCUCAUCCGAGUUGUCUUCCAGGUAUGUCCCCACCGCCACUACCAGCGUCAGCAACAUGAUAGACAGCUUGGCCUGCGGCACACAGAGUUUUGGGAUUGGUGUGGGGGUGUGUCCCCAAAAAGCCUGGAAUCUCUCAGAGUGGGCUGGGGCAUAUCUGGGACUUACCUUCAUGGGCAGCCCCGACCACAGGUAGACGGUGAAGAUAGCCAAGGCCUGCCACCAGUGGUAGAUGGUGAAGAUGAAGUCUUGGCGCUCCUUUUUCUUGUACAACAUCCCCAGGAGGACUGUGGCAGAGACUGGAAUCAGUGUCCCCUUCCUGUGGUGUGUCCCCUUGGCAGGGGGGACAAUCACAGUGAGUCUGUCCCGUGGAUCCAAGGACUGAGACUACAAACUCGUGGUGCAUGAGGAGAGGAUGUGUGGAAAAACUUGGGACAACCCAGGCUGUUUUGGGGACCCCCAAGGCGUUUUGGGGACAACAGAGGCUGUUUUAGGACCUUCCCACUACUCACUGCUGAUUCCGGUCUUGUUGAGGGCGCUGCCGGUGCCCCAGAGCGCGGCAAUACUGUAGAGCAGCGGUGCCUGCGCCAGACACCGGGGCUCCGGCGCCCAGCAGAAGAGCGUCACCAGGAGCACAGAGUGGAUGAGGGCUCCAGCCAGGAGCGGGAUGUGCCGGCGCAGGCGCAGCAUGCACAGGGCCAGGCUGGAGCACACCGAGGCGGAGAAGCCGUAGGCCAUGAGGAGAUAUGCCAGCCUCUCCAGCCCGAGCGCGCACACGCCGUAGUUCUGCAGAGAGCACAGGCUCAGCAUCACCUGUCCCCGCUCCGUCACCUCCCACCCCGUCACAGAUCCUACCAGGGAAAAUCCAGUGCAGACAAAGAGCACCUCGAAGCCGCUGUAGAUGAACAGUGGGAAGAGGUGCCGCAGGCGAUAGUCCCGCAUGUGCUUGAAGGGCAGCUGGAAGAUGUUGCCCCAGCCGAUGCUGCGCAUGUCGAUCUCCUCCAUGGGCCGGUACGCCGCGCCACACAGCACCAGCACCUACGGAGCGCCGGCGGGUGAGGUCCUGCCAUUGUCCAGCCCAUCCCUGUCCCCUGCCGCCCCGGCGCUCACCACCAGCAUGGCGAGGAAGGCGGCACCCAUCAAGGCGCUCUCCACGAUGAUGAGGUUGACGCUGCGGGGAAGGCUCUGCAGCACCGUCUUGUUGAACCCAGGCAGUGUGCCGUGGCUCAGGGUCCCUGCCAGAGGGGCACAGGCCGUGGUUAAUCCCAACCGGGGGGCUCCCGGUGCCGCCCCGCGCCCCACCCGCAGCCUCACCGCAGUGCUUCACUGCAAAGAGCGUGUGGUUGAGUUGGUAGAGGUAGUUGUUGAGGAAGAAGACCAUGGGCAUCUGAGCGCAGACGAAGCUCAACUAUAGGAUGUAGAGGGGUGCACGCUCAGUGCUGCUGGCAUGGUCCCACGCCCAUCCCAGCCACCCCACUGGGGCUCACAUGGAAGCAGGAGUAGAAGACAGUCUGGAAGAUGAUGAUGUAGGCAUUGCAGGCGUCCCGUGGUGCCCGCUGCUUCUCCUUCUCCUGCUCCUCCUUGUAGUUAAUGUACUCAUAGUACUUCUGGGCCAUCCUGCGUGGAGCAGCGGGUCAGCCAGCACCCCAUGCACGCCCCACCCACCCCUCCAAUGCCUACCGCAUGAUGUAGGUGCCCAUGGAGGCCCAGAGGGGCACGAUCACCAUGCCAAUGGCCACUGCAGAGGGCACCAGCGUGUAGUAGCGCUCCCAGUAGUUGCUGGAGACGAAGAGGGCGUAGAUGCCAAUCGCCAGGAACAUGGCCCACUUGGUGCCAAAGAACCUGCCAGGGCAAGGAGUGGAAGCGUGGGUGGCCAUGCCAGUGAUCCAUGCUGGCGGGGAGCGUGGUGGGGCUGUACCUGAUGAGGAUGGGUGUGUAGAGCAGUGCUGCCACGGGUGUGACGUUGAUGCCCAUCAGCACCUUGCGGUCAAUGUCCUCCAACCGGAUAUUGCUGUACUUCACCUCCCGGUAGGUCUCAUCAUAGUGAAGGAUCAGCUGCAUUUGAAGCAGACCUGGGGGUGUCCAGGGGUGGUCACCCCAUGCCCUGAACACCCCGAGUUGUUCUGGGGGUCCCUGGGAGGUCCCAUACCCAGGUAGACGCUGUAAGUGAGAGUACCAGCCAGGCUGGCAGCCACCACGUUCUUGAUGACACCGAGGCGUUUGCGGCGAAAGUACUUCUGCUCUUCUUCCUCCUCAUUGUAGUCAGGGUGAGGACCCACAAAAUCGUCCAGCUGUGGGUAAUUGCAGCUGUCACCCCUCGGGGAUGGCCACCACAUGCCUGCUUCCCCCCACUGGUGUCCCCCUGGUCUCACCUGUGUCUCUGUCCCCUCGGUGCCCAGCUUGGUGCUUGGCUCUAUCUUGGCCCCAUCCUGGCAGCCGUCAACGUCCUUCUCCAUUAGUGCUUCUGGAGAGCCCUGGAUGGUGUCAGGGUGGAAGGAACCCUGUUGGCACCCCAAGUCUUGCACCCAUAUGUUUUGCAUUCCUGUGACCUGCACACACAGACCCUGCACCCUCAUGCCCAGCACCCCCAGCCCUUGCACCCCUACAUCCAGCACCGUGUACCCAUGUACAUGGCAUCCCCAAGCCCUGAACCUCUGUGCUCUGCACACCCUGAACCUGCACUCAUGGUUGCACCCCUGUGUUCCGUACCCCUGUGAACCUUGAGAUCCUGCACCCCUGAAUCCCGUGCCCCCUACCCAGCUUUGCACUGCCCAGAACUGCACCUCUGGGCUCAGCACCCCCAGCCUCCUCACAGCCCCCCCGCCCCGUCACACCGACCCCAGUCCUGCUUGCCCGUGCCGGAACUUCUCGGGGGCGGGGCGGGGCGGGAGCUGCUUCCUCUUUCGGUUAGCACGGGCGGGACGGAGAUGGUUCAAGGGGCCGUUCCCGGACCCUCCCCUCCGCUCCCGGAUUCCCCCCCCCCGGUCCCUGCCCGCCCUCCUCAGUGCCCCCCACCCGCGUCCUUUCUCAGCACCGCGGCCUCUGCAGCACUCAUCACACCCCAACCCGCACAGCACCCUGGCCCCCCCGCACAGCGCCCAUUGCUCCCCCAUCGCACAGCACCCCAGCCCUACCCUCCCCUCCGCUCCCUUGUGACCCCCCCAGCCUCCCCAGCGCUCCCACCAGGCCUCGGGGUGGAUGCUGCCUCCUCGGGGUGCCCGUGGCACUGGGUGCUGUGCCCUGCUGCUUUCGCUUCCCCUUUCCGGUCCGGGGGAUGUGCCAGAGUGCCUGGGCGGGGGGACACCCCAGUCGGGGGGUGUAGGGCACGUGCCUAUCCUGGUGUCACCCCAGAGCUGGGGCUGGGAGGGUGCCCGGGUGCGUGGCACGGCGGGGUGCCCCGGGGCAGGGCGAGGGGACUGCUGGGCAGGGCGGAUGGGGUGACUGACAUCUCCGGGACGGGAUCUGGCCCAGCCGGUAGCGGGGGAUUCUUGGGAUGGGACUCUUGGGAGGGUGCUGGUUUCUGCAGGAUAGGGGGGAUACACAUGGAACAGCCCCAGCAGGGUCAUGGCGGUGGGGCAGGGGCAACACCCGUCCUGAGGGCCCCCCACACCCCAGGCAAUGGGAGCCACCCUGGGGUGCCAGGGCAAAGGGCCCUUCCUGGGAGCAGGAUGAGUGGAGUCUAUUGAUCAUGGAACCCUUGGGAAACAGGAUGAGGGGUAUUGGUGGGACCCCUAUGGGCCAGGGUAGUCAUGGUAGCAGCAUGAUGGGUGUCUAUUGAUCAUGGAACCCUUGGGAAGCGGGAUGAGGGGUGUCUGUGGGACCCCCAUGGAUCAGGGUGGUCAUGGGAGCAGGAUGAAGGAUGUCUGUGGGGUCCAAAUGGGUCAAGGUUCAUGGUGGUGGUGAGGUGGCCAUGGGAGUUCCACCAUCCCAAGGGGGAGGUCCCAUUCUAUCCUAUCCCAUCCCAGACCUUUUCCCCACUGCCAGCCCCACGGAGGCGGGGCCCAAUCCUUCCCGCCCCUGGCCAUGGGGCUCAGCCCCACAGCAUUUAGGGACCCUCACCCCGAGCCUCAGCAGUGCCUGCCUGGCCUCGCGCUCCUCCAGCUUCCACACGAGCUCCCAGGGCCACCACGCUCUCCAUGGAGACUGGCAGCUCCUUCCAACAGCUUGGCAUGCAGCAGCCCCUCGAGCCCCCCAAGCAGCAGCUUCUGGGCUGCGGCAAGUGCAGCAGCACGGGCAGUGAUCCUGGCAAAGAUCCUGGGAAAGCUGCUGGGUGCAGUGGAAGCAGCAGGAUUGGGAAGGGGCCAGUUCCAAUGGUCUGCAGCACUCCGUGUGGGAACCCCUAUGCAGGGCUGGUGAGCCACCUGCGGGCAUCCUGGCUCUCUGGAAAGACUCGGCCCAUGGAAUAUCGCAUGGCACAGCUGGAGGCUCUGGGACGCUUCCUGGAUGACAAGAAGCAGGAGAUUCUGGAAGCCACUGAAUUGGAUAUGGGAAAGCCAUCCUUCGAGGCUUUCUUCAGUGAGAUCCUCCUCUGCAAGAAUGAGCUCAAUGUCACCCUCAACAACCUGUGCAGCUGGAUGAAGGAUGAGCACGUGGACAAGAACCUGGUGAUGCAACUGGACUCUGCCUUCAUCCGCAAGGACCCCUACGGGGUGGUGCUCAUCAUAGCACCCUGGAAUUACCCCAUCCACCUCUUCCUGGUGCCCCUCAUCGGGGCCAUCGCUGCUGGGAACUGUGCCAUCAUCAAACCCUCAGAGAUCUCCAAGAACACAGAGAGACUCAUUGCUGAAACUCUGAGCUGUUACCUGGACAGUGACUGCUUUGCUGUGGUGACUGGUGGUGUGCCGGAGACCACCAGGCUGCUGGAGAACAAGUUUGACUACAUCUUCUUCACUGGCAGCCCCCCGGUGGGGCGGAUUGUGAUGACAGCCGCUGCCAAGCACCUGACACCGGUGACACUGGAGCUGGGGGGCAAGAACCCCUGCUAUGUGUCUGACACCUGUGAUGUGACCAACGUGGCGCGGCGCGUGGCCUGGGGCCGCUUCUUCAACGCGGGGCAGACCUGCAUCGCGCCCGACUACCUGCUCUGCACCUUGGAGAUGCAGGAGAAGCUCAUGCCCGCCCUGCGUGAGGCCAUCACCGAGUUUUUCGGCCCCAACCCCCGAGAAUCCCCGGAUUUUGGCCGCAUUGUGAAUGACAAGCAGUUCCAGCGCCUGCGGGCGCUGCUGGGCAGUGGGCGCGUGGCCAUCGGGGGACAGACGGACGAGGCCGAGCGCUACAUCGCUCCCACCGUGCUGGCAGAUGUGCUGCCCUCGGACCCUGCCAUGCAGGAGGAGGUCUUUGGGCCCAUCCUGCCCAUUGUCGUAAUCGCCAACAUGGAUGAAGCCAUUGACUUCAUCAACGCACGGCCACGGCCAUUGGCCCUCUACGCCUUCUCCUGCGACAGCAAGAUAGUGAACCAGGUGCUGGAGCGGACGAGCAGCGGAGGCUUCUGUGGCAACGACACCCUGAUGCAUGUGACACUGACCUCGCUGCCCUUUGGAGGCGUUGGGAACAGUGGCCUGGGAAAAUACCAUGGGAAGUUCACCUUUGACACCUUCUCUGUCCACCGUGGCUGCCUGCACCGGAACAUGGGGCUGGAGACGCUCAACACCCCGCGCUACCCCCCCUACACCCAGCAGAAGUUGGGGCUCCUCACCACCACCUUCGAGGUGAAGCGCAGGGGCACCUGCACCCUGCUCUGAGGCUGCCGUGCCCUGCUCUGAAGAUGCCACGGAGUCAGCGGGAAGAACUGGAACUGUCCCACUCUCCCUCUUCAUCACACUCCCCAGCCACUUCCUCGCUGUGUCCUUUGCCUCGCUGGAGCAUGUCAGACAGCCGGGAUGGACAUCCUCUCCUGCACCCUUUGUGGCCUCUGCUCCAAACCAUUUUCCAGGACACAGCUGAAAUGAACAAAAUCUUUUUCUUAGUCCAAACUUCUCUUUCUGGUGGAGAAGUGCUCCCAUCAGUCCCAUCUCCCCUCACACGGACUUUUCCUUUGGAAUGAACCUCUCUCCCUCCUCGCUGUUGCUCUUUGCUCCGUGUAACUCUGCCUGUAGUAAAGACUUUGCAUCAAACUCUC